AUGCCUGAAGCAACAGGGAACAAUCCUCCUAACCCUGUAGACUUCAUGGCCGCUCUAGGGAAUAUGGCCGCGGCGAUGCAAGCGACAGCCGAAGCCCUGGGAAACCAAAUAAAUAAUGGAAAUAAUGGCAAUAACGGCGAUAAUGGUUCUAUGAUACUUUUCUCCUUUCUAAAGGUUCCUGAUGAACGGUGGGUUGAGUUUGGAACCUACCAGCUGCAAGGUGAGGCUCAGCAUUGGUGGCAGGGCAUGAGGCGUAUUCUACAGCCUGAUGGGGUUGUAAUCUCUGGGGAGUUAUUCCGAAUCAAAUUUUACAAGAAGUACUUUCCCAGCUCAGUCAGGAAUGGUAAGGAACUUGAACUGCUUCAGCUGAAACAGGGCCAGAUGACCAUUACUGAGUACACAAGCAAAUUUGAAGAAUUGUGCCGUUUUUCACGCAUUUGUCAGGGAGCUCUUGAGGACUUUGCUGAGUGGAAGUGUAUCAAAUAUGAGGGAGGCCUUCGGAGUGAUAUUCUAAGCUUCGUUGCACGUAUGGAGAUCAGGGUAUUUUCCAAACUUGUGAACAAGAGCCGAAUAGCUGAAGAAUGUGUGAGAAACGUAGCCGUGGCGAAGAACGAUAACCAGGAAUUCCACCGAAGAAACCACCACCAGAAUUUGGUACCAAGGGGUCGAGGAUUCAAGCAAAGAGGAUAUGCUCAACCAUUUCCUCAUGGUCGGAACCUGGUUGGAAUGGAUGAUGAUCACCAUGGGGAUGGUGGAAGAAAACAAACAAGGGAUACUUCGGAGAAGCUGACAUGUCAAAAGUGUGGCCGUUAUCAUCCGAAUAAUCCGUGCCGUAUUGGCUUGGGCGUAUGUUACAAGUGUGGUCUACCAGGGCACCUGGCGACAGGGAUGAGGAUGUAA